AUGCGACGGGCACGCGGCCCGUCGCCGACAUCGCCCUUCCGGGCCCUCGCCCACCAGCACGCCACCCACAAUGCCGCCAACAACGGCGCCGGCGGCCAGGGCGGCACCGUGUCGUCCAUGAUCCGCUCCUUCAACGUCGAGACCAACCCCACCCGGCCCAUACGUCCCAGCCCGCUGACCGCCUCGACGUUCCCCGACAUGCCCCUCGACCUCGUCGACCGCAUCCGCUCGUUUCCGCUCUUCGUGUCCGCCCCGGACGACUUUCUGGCCGCCAUUGGCAAGCACCUGCGCCCGCAGAUCCACGCCGCCCACGACCUGAUCCUUACAGAAGGCGACGACGCCAAGGCCAUGUACUGGCUGGUGCGCGGCGUGGUGGCCGUCACCUCGCGCGACGGCGAGGCCGUCUAUGCCGAGCUGACGCCGGGCGCCUUUUUCGGCGAGAUUGGCGUGCUGAUGGACGUGCCGCGCACGGCCACCAUUGUGGCGCGGUCCAAGUGUCUGCUGGUCGUCCUCAAGAAGGAGGACCUCCAGACGGAGCUGCCCCGCUACCCCGACAUGGAAAAGGCCAUCCGGCAAGAGGCCGAGGAGCGCCUGACCAUCCUCAAGAAGAAGCAGCAGGAACGGCGCAACGUGGGCACGAGCGGCAGCACAACGACACCCAGCAGCACACAGUCCGGCGAUAUCACCGGUGCAUCGACAACAGCAGCAGCAGCAGCAGCUGCCGCAGCAGCAACAGACGCCCAGACCGCACCGACAACGACCCCGACCAACAAAAAGAAGCGCAAGUCGCCCAGCCCCGGUAUUAUCGAGGACCCGGCCGUCGGCGGCAGCGCCCUGGGCAGCGGUUAUGUCAAUGUGCGCAAAACCCUCAAAGAGCUGCCGCUGUUUGCGACCCUCCCGCCCGACAUCCUGCACUUUCUCGGCCUCAGCGCCCAGCCCAAGACCUUUGCGCCCUUUACCGACAUCAUCUGCCAGGGCAGCCCCGGCAACGACAUCUACUUUAUUGUCCGCGGCGAGGCCGAAGUCAUCUUGGAACAGCCCAAGGCCCGCCUUCCCGAGACCGCAUCGACCUUUGCGCGCCCGCGCCUCACCCAGGGUCAGUAUUUUGGCGAGGUGGCCAGCUUGGGCCUGUCGCGCGGCCGCACGGCCACCGUGCGCUCCAUUACCAGUGUCGAGUGCCUGAUGAUUAGCGGCGAGGCGCUGGACGAGCUGUGGCGGCGGUGUCCUCCGGGGCUCAAGGACCAGGUCGAGGCCACAGCCCGCGAGCGGUAUCAUCCGACGGCCGAUGGCGACGACGACAAGAGAGCAGACGAGACUCGACAGCCUCCAGAAAACGACCAAGAAGGAGACAUUGAGAUGAGAGACGAACCAGACGGCGGCUCGCCAUGGCGCCCCACGCCCUCCUCGCCCGUCUCCUCGCUCGCGUCGCUCCGCCGCCACUCUGUUCCCAACGUCACCUUCACCACGCCCUCCAAACCGUCUUCACCCACCAAGGCCUCGCAAAAGGACGAGACGGCCGAGACACGACAGCCGAGCGACCCAGAUCCGUUCCUCAGCGUCGACAUGGAGAACAUGCGCAACCGCCGGCGCAACUCGCUGGCACCGCCUGUGCCGCAAACCGAAUCAUCCGCAUCCUCACCGUCGUCUUCCUCGUCACUGUCCUCCUCCUCCUCCUCGUCCACACUCCAGGCUCUGCCAGUCACGCAAGCCGGUGAGGCCACCAACAGCAAUAGCAGUCCGCUUAAACUAUUUGCAUUCCCACCACAGACUGCACCUCCACCAUCUGAUCAGAAAGACAAGGAGAAGGCGGACAAAGGGGCAGCGAGCAUCAUUGACGAUUUCAGCAGCAUCAAGAUGCAGGAAGAGACACAACAGAGCCAACAGAAAGAGCAGCAGCAGCAGCAGCAGCAGCAGCAGCAAGAUACACGAGGGCCUUUCAAAAAGGCACGCCGAAGCCCCAGCGCCGUCCGGGGCGCCAACGGUGACCACGCAUCCCUCGCCGCUACCAGUCGCCAGUUCCCGUCCGAGGCAGCCCUAGUGCUUGUCUUGAAGCAAUUCGACUUCCUUGAGCUCGUCCGCCUCGCCGGCAUCUGCCGCCACUGGCGCCGCGUCAUCACCACGGCGCCGCAGCUCUGCACCCACAUCGACCUCGCGCCCUACAACGGCCGCAUCACCGACUGGUCCUUGCUGCAGAUCGUCGCGCCCUUGGUUGGCCAGCGCGCCGUCGAGAUCGACAUCAGCAACUGCUUCCACAUCACCGACGAGGGGUUCCAGGCCCUGUGGCAGCACUGCGGCCGCAACGUCAAGGCCUGGCGUAUGAAGUCUGUGUGGGACGUGUCGGCCAACCAGAUCCUGGACAUGAGUGAACACGCCACCGGCCUCGAGGAGCUCGACUGGAGCAACUGCCGCAAGGUCGGCGACAAUCUGCUGGCGCGUGUUGUCGGAUGGGUGGUGCCGCCUGCACCGGCCGCGUCGGCGUCGGGGGCGGCGACCAGCAACAAAAUUGUCGCGAUUGCCAAUUCCAACCGCAGCCGACAGGCCCAGAAACAACAACCGCAGCGCCAGCCGCAGGACGACGCCGCUUCCAAGAAGGAAAACGGGCCCGCCCCGGGCACCAUCGUCGGCUGUCCGCAGCUCACCAUCCUCGAUCUCUCGUACUGUAAGCACAUCACCGACCGCUCCAUGGUGCACCUGGCCGCCCACGCGUCGUCGCGCCUGCGCGCACUGUCCCUGACUCGAUGCACCUCCGUCACCGACGCCGGCUUCCAGGCCUGGGCCCCCUACCGGUUCACGGCCCUGACGCAUCUGUGCCUGGCCGACUGCACCUACCUGUCCGACAACGCCAUUGUCUCCCUCGUCAAUGCCGCCAAGGGCCUCACUCACCUCGACCUCUCGUUCUGCUGUGCGCUCUCCGACACGGCGACCGAAGUCGUCGCCCUCGGCCUGCCGCUGCUGCAAGAGCUCCGUCUUGCGUUCUGUGGGUCCGCCGUCUCCGAUGCGUCCCUGCGGUGCGUCGCCCUGCACCUCCAGGACCUCCGCGGCCUCAGUGUCCGCGGCUGCGUGCGCGUCACCGGCGUCGGCGUCGACCACGUCAUGGACGGCUGCACCCGGCUGGCCUGGCUGGACGCGAGCCAGUGCAAGAACCUGGCCAGCUGGGUCGCGGCGGGGGGUGUCGCGCGGUGGGGCUACGACGAGCGCCAGGAGGACCCGAGGGGCGGCGGCGCCGCGAGCAAGUACAAGUACAAUCCGACCGGCUGGCAGCCAGCCAGCCGACGCACGCUGGGGCUGGACCCGGCUUUCCAGCAGGUCGCCAAGGUGGCGGCGCCGGCACCGGCCAUGCGCGGCCAGCGGCGACGGGCACGGCAGCCCGUCAAGUUUAUCAUUGAGAAGGGGUCGCAGGACGGUCUGCGGUGA